CGGUAAUGUUGUGAGUUUGGGUUUUUUUUAACGUUUCUGAUUUUUCGGCAUUUGCGGAAAAUCGAGGGCGGCCUCGGUCUCGGGGUUUGUCCGGUAACCGCCGAGGCCAGCUCAGCACAAGCCGCCGCGGGGCCAUGGUGUUCCUCAAGCUGCGGGACCAGGAUGCUGAGAAGAGAACUCCUUUGCAUGCUGCUGCAUAUCUAGGAGAUGCUGAAAUUAUUGAACUUCUUAUUCUAUCAGGAGCUAGAGUUAAUGCCAAAGACAACAAAUGGUUGACUCCUCUGCAUCGUGCUGUUGCUUCAUGCAGUGAGGAUGCAGUUCAGGUGCUUUUGAAGCAUUCAGCUGAUGUAAAUGCUCGUGACAAAAACUGGCAGACUCCUUUACACAUUGCUGCUGCAAACAAGGCUGUGAAGUGCGCCGAAGCUCUCGUUCCCCUUUUAAGUAAUGUAAAUGUCUCCGACCGAGCAGGGAGAACUGCUUUACACCAUGCUGCCUUCAGUGGACAUGUAGAGAUGGUUAGCUUGCUUCUAUCCCGAGGUGCCAACAUCAAUGCUUUUGAUAAGAAAGAUCGACGUGCAAUUCACUGGGCUGCGUACAUGGGCCACAUCGAGGCGAUCAAACUGCUGGUAGCACAUGGAGCUGAAGUGACAUGCAAGGAUAAGAAAGCUUAUACACCACUUCAUGCUGCAGCUUCCAGUGGAAUGCUUAGUGUCGUCAAGUACCUGUUGGAUCUUGGAGUUGAUAUUAAUGAACCAAAUGCAUAUGGAAAUACUCCUCUUCAUGUGGCCUGUUACAAUGGCCAGGAUGUAGUUGUGAAUGAGCUCAUUGACUGUGGAGCAAAUGUUAACCAAGUGAAUGAGAAAGGCUUUACCCCACUGCACUUCGCUGCUGCUUCAACACAUGGUGCACUGUGUUUAGAACUCUUGGUCAGUAAUGGGGCAGAAGUGAACAUUAAGGUAAGGGGGAAAAAUGUGCAAUGUCGGUAAAUAAGAAUAAAAUUU